AUGCGUAAUUUAAAUGGGCAACAACAAUUAGGUUUCCAAAUUUCUACUCCUCAAUCUGAAAAUAAUCAGGGUCUUGAAAACUGGAAAUAUGACCAUGCUAAGAUUAGAGAACUUAUGGCUCACAUGAUUAUUGUUCAUGAGCUACCAUUCAUGUUUACAGAAUAUGAGGUCUUUAAUAUGUUAAUGAGAGCCUUUGCCCCAGAAUAUGAAAAAGUUUCACGUGUGACUGCGAAAAAUAAUUGUAUGACUAGUUAUGACAUUAAAAAGAAGAGAACUAAGGGAUUAGUCAUUAAUUUUGUGGAUAUUCUGCCAUCUCACUCCGGAGUUGCGGUUCAUGAUGCUUUAUAUAAAUGUUUAGUUGAGUGGGAAAUUGAGAGUAAAUUUACUUGUAUAACAGUGAAUAAUGCAACUUACAAUGAUGUAGUUGUAAGGGCAUUGAAAGAUAGCAUAUCUUGCCAAGCUAUUUUACCUUAUGGUGGAAAGUUAUUUCAUGUCCAUUGUUGUGCUCAUAUACUUAACAUUUUGGUGCACGAUGGGUUAGAAGAGAUAGAGGAUGUAAUAUAUAAGGUGAGGGAAAGUGUGAAGCAUGUGAUAGCAUCCAUAGCUCGACUUAACAUCUUUAGUGAAAUAUGUAAACAACUAAAGUUACCUGGUAGAAGGUACAAGAAUAGAGAGCCAAGUUACAAUCUUUUGCCAUCUGAUGAAGAGUGGAAGAAAGUUGAAGUUGUUUGCACUUUCUCAUCACUAUUUAACCAAGCUACUGAAAUAAUUUCAGGAAGUGAGUAUCCAACUUCAAACUUAUUUUUGCCAGAACUUACCAACAUUAAGGAAGCUUUGGAGAGUCAAGUUGAAAGUGACUAUGAUUUUAUGAGGGCAAUGGCUCAAAGGAUGAAGGUUAAAUUUGAUAAAUACUGGGGAAAUUGUAAUUUGAUUAUAUCUGUUGCAGCUGCAUUAGAUCUUAGAAAUAAAUUAAAAUUAAUUGAGAGGUCUUUUUCUACAAUUUACACGGAGGAUGAAAUGGCAACACAUACAAAAAAUAUGUGCGGGACACUUUGUAUGAGAUCUACUUGGAGUAUGUUGAAGCUCAUUCUUUGA